UCGCAAAAUGGCGGAAGGUGAAGUAGCCAAGCUACAGAACCACCUGAGCUUACUGCGAGAGGAAUAUGUAAAACUGCAAAAUAAGUAUGCUGACUUGGAGAGGAAGUACCAGGUGGCAGUGGCUGGGUCAGGGGCCGGAGCUCAAGACACAUUUGUCUCCAGGCUCCUCAAACUGGUGGCAGACUUGUUCGACAAAGAUCAGUACAGUGACCUACUGGUCCACUUGGAGGGGGGUCAGCAGCUGAGAGCACACAAGUUCAUCUUGUCAUCUCGGAGUGAUGAUUGGGGGGUGACAGAUCUCCACCAAGUGUCCGAGCUGCAUGUUACAGACAUCCAGUACGAUGUGGCACACGCGUUGAUGAGAUGGGUGUACACAGACGAAAUCAACAUCAAGGUGGAGGACUCAUUUCUCCUGGAACUUCUCCGAGCUGCCACCAAGUUUAAACUUGAGGCUCUCCGGGUUAGGUGUGAGAAUGGCUUGAUGUCAUUUGUGAAUAUGAAGAACUGCAUCAAGUUCUACCAAACAGCUGAGGAGAUGGGGGCAGAGGUGUUGAAGAAACACUGCUCGGAACUCAUCUCAAACCACUGGAAUGACUUCACAAGUGAAGAUUUCGUUCACAUGCCUGCCGCACUGCUGUAUAAGAUGUUCAAGACGAAGACGGAGUAUCCUCUUCACACGGCCAUCCGAGCACAGCGAGAAGAUGUUGUCUUUCUGUAUCUUAUAGAAUAUGAUGCCCAGCUGUCCGUCAAGCUGAACGAAGUAGACAAUCGAGGGGAUGUGUCGUUAGACCUCGCACUGCAGACGAAGCAGGAAGGGAUUGCCCAGACGCUGGUCGGACACAAAGCAGAUGUCAACAAGAAAGAUAACUCUGGAAAAUGUCUGCUUCACAAAGCAAUCAAAAGAGGUGAUGAGUUUUCUGCGAGGUUCUUAAUCCAGAACAGCGCUGACGUGAACCUGACAACCCACCUAGACAAGGAGACCCCUCUCCACAUGACGGCCUGCUUCAACCCUGACGUGACCAGCCCCGACACCAUGGCCGGCAUGGCCCGUAUUGCUCAGAUGUUGCUGGACAACGGGGCAGACGUCAGCUCGCAGGACACAGCAGGGAGUACAUGCCUACACAGUGCAAUAUUUUGCAAGAAUGUGCCAGUAUUUCAAGUCCUCCUAAAGCAUGGGAAUCUAGAUCUUGAGAUCAAGAACACAGAUGGUCACACAGCUCUCUGGCUCGCUCUACAGCAGCCCCGAGACCCCUCAGGUGAUGUGGCAAAAGCGUAUGGUGUAGAGAGUUUCGCUGCCCAGCUGUUGAAGGCCGGGAGUUCCCCUGACGCCAUCGAGCCCGACUCCGGAGACAGCCUGCUCCACCUGGCAGCACGGGAUGGCAACCAGGCUGCCGGGAUUUUCCUGGCCACACACAAAGCCAGCGUCAGUCACGCCAAUAAUAAGGGAGAGACCCCUCUACACAUAGCCUGUCAGUCUGGUCUCACCGACCUGGUCCGAGUUCUACUCCAAAAGGGUGCUAACCCAAAUGCUCAGACCCGAAAGCCUCGAGACAUGACUGUCAGCAUGGCAAUGCUUGGUAUAGAUGAUGACCUACCACCUGUCGCUCAACAGACUCCUCUCCAUCUAGCUCUGGCUAACAACCACAAUAUGGUGGUGCAAGUCUUCCUGGACUAUAAGGCGAAGGUCUCUGAAAGCAGUGGUGGUCUCCAAGUGAUGCCAAACUUCAACAUCAAGGACUCGUUGGGCCAGACCGUGGUGGGCCUGUCACUGUGGAAUGGCAUCCACAACAUGGCUGCCAAGCUGUUAGAUGCAGGAGCGAACAUUAAUGAGAAGAACUCGGCUGGGAUGACCCUCUUGCAUCAGAGUAUAGAGAAGCAGGACACCGUCAGUGCCCUGUUCCUUAUAGAGCAUAGAGCCGACAUAGAAUCACUGUCUCCGGACAACCAGACCCCAAUUCAGCACGCCAUCAGUAGACAUCUGCCAGUGGUUGUCGACGUCCUGUGUACACAGAAAGCCAACAUGAACGUGGUCGACGAGAGUGGCAAUUGUCCACUGUGGCAGGCUCUGGACUCGGGACAGGAAGACAUUGCACAGACACUGGUGAAGCAUGACUGUGACAUGAAUCUGUGGUCACCGGGACCAGGCAGCUACCAGACUCUGCUGCACCGGGCCAUCGAUGAGAACAAUGAGGCCGUGGCCUGUUUCCUCAUCAGAAGUGGUUGUGAUAAGAACAGUCCCAGGAGAGCAGGUCCUAAUGGGGAUGGAGGGGAAGAGGCAAGAGAUGGACAGAGUCCUCUGCACUUAGCGUGUGCCUGGGGUCUAGAGAGGGUCGUGCAAUGUCUCAUGGAGCACAAUGCUGAUGUCAACAGCCAGGAUGCAGAAGGGAAGAGUCCAGUUCACAUCGCCAUCGAGAACCAACAUGCAGUCAUCAUCUCCCUUCUCCUGUCUCACCCAAGUCUCAAUCUCACACUGAGGGACAAGAAUGGCCACACUCCAUUCUCCGCUGCCAUGACAACCAAGAACAACAAGGCAGCACAGCAGAUACUGAACCGAGAGCCUACAGCAGCAGAGCAGGUGGACAAUCGUGGUCGUAACUUCCUGCACACGGCCAUCCAGAAGGCGGAUAUUGAGAGUGUGUUGUUCCUGUUGAGUGUACAUGCCAACGCCAACUCCCGGGUACAAGACUCGCAGAACCUCACCCCUCUCCAUCUGGCAGUCAGGACGGGUUCAGAGAUGAUCGUCAGGAACCUUAUACUAGCUGGAGCAUCUAUCAAUGAGAUGACAAAGGCAGCUGAGACCUGUCUCCACCUCGCUGCAGCCAGUGACCACGCCUCCAUCUGCUCAGUGUUACUGGAGAAUAGCAUAGAUUAUGAUGCUGUUGAUGAAAAUCUGAAUAAUGCCCUGCACAUAGCGAUACACCAGGGGAACCUCAACACUGUCAAAGUGCUCCUCACGGAGAGCCGGAUCAACGCCGAGACUGUCAACGCCAAGGGUCAAAACCCUCUCCAUAUACUGGGACAGUACGGCAGGGACAAUGCAGCUGCCAUCUUUGAACUGUUCCGCGAGACCAUGCCUGAAUAUAACAUUAACAGACCUGACUCCGAGGGAAACACCGCACUGUUGUUGGCUUACUGUAAUGGCAACGGCAACCUGUGUCGAGCUCUGGUCCGGGCAGGUGCUUGCUUCGGCAUCAUCAACAAACAAGGUCUCAGUAUUUUCAAUGCACCAGUUGCCACCAAACAGUUGCUGUUCAAGUUAUUAGAUAUGCUGUCAAAGGAACCCCCAUGGAGUGAGGGAGAAAUCUGCCUGGAGUGUGGAGUCAAGUUCAGUAUUAAAACUAGAAAACAUCACUGCCGUCAUUGUGGACGCCUGUUGUGUUCCAAGUGCUCAAGCAAGGACAUGCCAAUAGUAAAGUUUAAUCUCAGUAAGCCUGUGCGGGUAUGUGACAUUUGUUUCGACGUCCUCUCGGUGGGGGGCUUCAUGUGAUGGAGAUGCAGCUCACUUUGUUACAGUCAUGACCAUGUUUGAGAAAGUCUUCUACAUCCCAAAUGUCACAGGGAGACGUGUCUGCUUGCUGUGUUGAUGAGGGCCAACAUGACAACGGACAUCUUACUUCUUGUGUUGUAGGAGAGGAAUAUAAUCCAUCUGUCACGAGCAGUGGCACUGUGGCAACUAUCUUGCCUGUCAGUUCACAGAAGACAGGAAUAUUAUCCGUCUGUCAUGGAUGUAGGAACUAUGGCAACUAUCUUGUUGGUCAGUUCACAGAAGACAGGAUUGUAUUCUCCCAUUGAUGUGAGCAACAAAUGUAGAAUAUCUACAGUGUCAGUGUGUUUGGUAGGAGAGAGGAACAUAUUUCCAGUGUGCUAUCUGAGGAUGGUCAAUCAUCAAAACGCGAUGUGGAAAUUCCAGGUUCGUGACAGAAGACAAAAGCCUAUGCCAUCUUAUUCCCUGUGACUGUCGCUGGGACAUAGUGCUCACUUGUUCUUCAUCAUGUUUGAGAAACUCAGCAAGUACAUGCCAGACAAGUGCCCAUCCUUGACAUCCCAGUGUACAUGAGGGAGAGAUUCCCACUGCGUGUAUUGUCUACUACAUCAACUCUGCUACAUCCUCUCUGCUACAUCCACUUUCAGCGCUUUGAGCAUUGCCCUUGUGUGGUGGAAGGCAGCGCUAUAUAAAUACCUUUAUUAUUAUUACUACAUCCUCUCUGCUACACCAACUCUGCUACUCAGGACAGAAGAUAUUCACAUUUACAGAGACAAUCAAGGGGCACAAACGGCCAUUCCACAGGUCUUUAGAAGACAUCUUUGUAGGAUGGAACAACAUGUAAAGUUAUGAAAAUGACUCUUCUUGCAAACACACUUAUGUGUAUUAAAUGUUUAUGUCAUGUUUAUUCGAUAUUUUAGCAAGGUAUGCAAGAAUUGAUAUAUGUACAAAACAGUAUUUUAAUGAUAUUAUAAUUUUGUGUAUUUCAUUUACUUUUUCUUAAUCAGUUGCCUUUAAAGUUUCUUCACAGAUGUGGAAAUCAUGUACAUGAAAGUCGGGUUGUUUAGAUCACGGCAUCAGCAAGUUUGUGAGGUUAUGUAGGCUGCUGCUACUACACAUGCCAACCAUGAUAUUCAGGGCUCCAGAUAAUAAUUUUGACUCAGGGAUAUUUCACUCCUCAAAAUUAAAAUUGAGGAGUAAAAUACCAAA